AUGCCAUCGGUUGUCGUCAAUUUCUCCCCUAGUCUGAGUUAUGCCUCUUUCUUUUGCUCUCCCCCCAUCUCCCUUCCCCGUCCGCACCAACAGCACCUUUCUUGCGCUGGUUGCGAGGGAAAGGAGAAUGACGUGGUGUUCAUGACAUGCGCGGGCACGCGAGUAAGAUGUGGCAUUGUGGCGAGCGAGCUUGUGCGAGGAGUUGACUCUGGUAGUCAAGCACCUCGCCCUGGACUAGUCGUGAGGAGCCAACACGUAUCUAUGACACACAGCCGGGCAUCAUCGCAAAUGUGGGCUGCAGCAGCAGUGGUGGCGGUGAAAUCGGACAGCUGCGUGCGAGUGGGGUAA